AUGGCCCUCCCGACCGGCCAGGGCCAGACCCCGCCUCCCCUCCUCCUGACCAAACGUCUAACGUCGUUCCUCCACUCCAACCGCACCCCGCAGCUCCCCACGCUCCUCAUCACCACCCCGACGGGCAAGCUCCUCGCCCACGCGGGUUCGCAGCCCGUGUCUGUCCUGCGUACGCACGCCACCGUCGCCGCCUCCCUCCUGGCCAUACACACCUCAUCAUCCACAUCCCUGCCCACGGCUCUACCCGGCGGGGCUGCCGCCGCCGCCGCCGCCGCCACAACCUCCUCCUCCUCCUCCUUCCCCUUCCGGGGUGGCACGACGACGCCUCCUGCCGCCGGACGCCGUUCCGGAAUCUCCUCAUCCGCUACAUCGAAUACUAUCCGUCCCGUCACCAUAACCGUCCAGCUGUCCGGCGGUACCGUUCUCAUCCGUCGGCUCAAGUGUCGGCUCUUGUUCGUCUGCAUCGGCCCCUCGUCGUCGUCGUCGUCGUCGUCGUCGUCGUCGUCGUCACCGUCAGAUCAUCAGGAUGGCGCAUUGACGCACCACCACCAUCAGCAGCAGCAGCAGCAGUACCACCACCACCACCAUCAUCGUCACGAGAACAGCGGUGCCGCCGCCGCCGCAGACCACUCCGCUCCUUACCUCUUGCCUCCUUCCGCCAACGUGUCUACCAGUCCCAGCGAUGCCGGGAGCCUCGUCAGCGCAGGCGCACAGACGACUACCAGCCUCGAUAGUCACGGUGCGUCCGUCGUCGUCGCCAUGCGCAGACAAGCUACCGAGAUGGCUAGGUGGUUGGAUGAUAAGCUUGGUACCUUGGUUGUUCCCGACGAGGGUGUUGGUGUGGAGUAG